AGUCUGGGUAGUGUAGUUCCGUGCCCAGGGGCGGUCCGGCUCGCGUACUUCCGCGUCCCGCCAUCGUCGCCGGGUGCGUGAUUUGCCUCUGCGACUUGCCUCUCCUCUAGGAAGAGCACUCCAGAGAGCAGGGAGAUGGCGCCAGGACUCCUGACAACCAGGGAGGAGGCAUUGAUGGCCUUCCGGGAUGUGGCUGUGGCCUUCACCCAGAAGGAGUGGAAGCUAUUGAGUUCUGCUCAGAGGACCCUGUACAGGGAGGUGAUGCUGGAGAACUACAGCCAUCUGGUCUCCCUGGGAAUUGCAUUUUCCAAACCAAAACUCAUCGAACAGCUGGAGCAAGGGAACGAACCUUGGAGAGAGGAGAACGAACAUCUUCUGGACCUUUGUCCAGCUCAGACAGCAAGUUCUUGGCUCUUGCAUAAACAGCAGGCCAAACAAAUGUUUCUCAGGCAAGGUUUCAUAGGCGUGAGCUGGAGCAAAAGCAAGAGAGCAGCGCCCAAGAAAGGAAAAUCAAUGUGUAACUCUACUUGCAGCAGUUUAUAGAGCUGAAGCUGCCUGUGAUGCUUUUGUGAACUUUCUGGUUUGGCUGAUAGGACUAAUUUGUAGUGUGGGUUUUCUGUGCUGCAAUAGAGCAUGUAAUGUGCCCUUGUGGGUUGGAAGAUAGGUCUUUGUUGUGAACAUCUGAAGAAAACUGCUGGGCAGGUAUUGCAAUCCACAGGCACCUGUGGUGAUUCUGACCGAGACUUUCUCUCUAGCAGAGCCUAGGACAGAAUUCCAGCCCAGUCUUCCCCACCUGGUGGCCUUUUCUAGCUCGCAGCUCCUCAGACCAUAUGCACUAAGUGGUCAUCCCACACAGAUCUUCCCAAGCUCAUCUGCAGGAAGUGACUUCCAACUAGAAGCUCCAAGAUGCUCUAGUGAAAAAGGAGAAAGUGGAGAGACAGAAGGCCCCGACACCUCAUUAAGAAAGAGGCCAAGCAGAAUUUCUAGGACAUUCUUCAGCCCACAUCAAGGUGACCCAGUAGAAUGGUUGGAAGGGAACACACAAGGAGGAAUAGACCUUCGCCUGGCCCAGAGGAUGAGUCCUGGGGGGUCAGACACAAUGUUGAAGGGAGUAGACACCUCAGAAUCUGGAGCAGUCAUACGUGGAAACUAUAGACUGGGACUUAGCAAAAAGUCAAGCCUGUUCAGCCACCAGAAGCAUCAUGUGUGCCCUGAAUGUGGGAGAGGCUUUUGCCAGAGAUCAGACCUUAUCAAGCACCAGAGGACACACACCGGGGAGAAGCCAUACUUGUGUCCAGAGUGUGGGCGUCAGUUUAGCCAGAAGGCCUCCCUCUCCAUACACCAGAGGAAGCACUCGGGGGAGAAGCCGUAUGUGUGCAGGGAAUGUGGGCGACACUUCAGGUAUACAUCCUCCCUCACUAACCACAGGAGGAUUCACUCCGGGGAGAGGCCCUUUGUAUGUCAGGAGUGUGGGCGAGGCUUUCGCCAGAAGAUAGCCCUCAUUCUACACCAGAGGACACACUUGGAGGAGAAGCCCUUUGUGUGUCCGCAGUGUGGGAGAGGCUUUUGCCAGAAGGCAUCCCUCCUCCAGCACCAGAGCUCACACACAGGCGAGAGGCCCUUCCUGUGCCUCGAGUGUGGGCGUGGCUUCAGGCAGCAGUCGCUCCUCCUUAGUCACCAAGUCACACACUCAGGGGAGAAGCCUUAUGUCUGUGCCGAGUGUGGGCACAGCUUUCGCCAGAAGGUCACUCUCAUCAGGCACCAGAGGACACACACAGGGGAGAAGCCUUACCUGUGCCCCCAGUGUGGGCGGGGUUUCAGCCAGAAGGUCACCCUCAUUGGACACCAGAGGACACACACAGGGGAGAAGCCCUACCUGUGCCCUGAUUGUGGGCGUGGCUUUGGUCAGAAGGUCACCCUCAUCAGACACCAGAGGACACACACCGGGGAGAAGCCUUAUCUGUGCCCCGAGUGUGGGCGCGCCUUUGGCUUUAAGUCGCUUCUCACCCGACACCAGAGGACACACUCAGAGGAGGAGCUUUAUGUUGACAGGGUGUGUGGGCAAGGACUUGGCCAGAAGUCACACCUUAUCUCUGACCGAAGGACACACUCGGGAGAAAAGCCCUGCGUCUGCGAUGAAUGUGGGCGCGGCUUCGGCUUUAAGUCUGCCCUCAUCCGGCAUCAGCGGACCCAUUCUGGGGAGAAGCCGUAUGUCUGCAGGGAGUGUGGACGUGGCUUUAGCCAGAAGUCUCACUUGCAUAGACAUAGGAGGACCAAGUCUGGUCAUCAGCUCCUACCCCAAGAGAUCUUCUGACCUUUCCUUUCCUCGUGCGUGUGAAGCUGGCAGAAAUCACUAGUAAAUGCUUCAGUUUCCUGAAAUGGGAUGGAAAAAGAAAAUGUUGCUUUCUUUCAUUGAUCAUGAGAUAGUUGAAUUUUGGUUUACCUUCUAUAUUCACAAUUUGUCUUGGCUUGCUAGGGAUUCCAUAACAAAGUACCCCAGGUUGGGUGACUAACAACAGAACUCUAUUUUCAUAUUUAUGGAGGCAGGAAGUCCCAGAUGAAGGUAUUGGUAGGUUUGGCUGCUGCUAAAGCCUCUCUGCUUGGCUUGCGGAUGGCUGCUUUCUGGCCACAUCCUCACGAGGCCUUUUUUCUGUGUGUAUACUUUCCUGGUGUGGCUUCCUCCUCUUGUAGGGAUACCAGUCAUUCUGGAUAGAGCCACAGCCAUAUGGCCUCAUUUAACCUUCAUAACCUUCUUAAAGGCCCUAUCUCCAGACACAGUCACACUACAGGGUUGGGACUUCAACAUGAAUUCUUGGGAAACCCAAUUUAGUCUAUAACACUCCACUACCAAAGUUCAGGUCCUUCAAACAUACAAAAUACAUUCACAGGAUCCCAACAGUCCCAAAAUUCUUUACCCAUUUCAACUUCAACU